AUGCAACUCACUCUCCCCCUCCUCCUUGCUGGCCUCGCCACUGCUCUUCCCUCCGCCGCCAAAGUGAACACCAUCAGCGAUGAGGUGAUCUGGCGAGUCUCCAACCUCACCAUCGGCUGCUCCCAGGGUGGCUGUAUCUUUGACUAUGACAUCGCUGGCCGCCGCAAUAGCGAAACCCCUGCCUUCCGCACCCACUGCAGCGGUGCCGAGAAGGAGGAGAUCACCUGCGACAACGUGAACAUCACCACCACAGUCACCCCCGUCGGCAACCCCGUCUGGAACGUCGAUGUCACUCACCGCUGGAUGACCUGGUUGGACCCCAACUCUCUGGCCACUUGGUACCAACAGGGCUCGAAGAAUGUCUCGGUGCCUGACCACAACCCCGUGGGCUUCUACUUCAAGCCUACUUCCGAAUACGGUGUCGCAUAA